GCUCGGGCUCUCCACACCGCUGCCGCUGCCGCUGCCGCCGCCGGUGCGGCGGCGUGGGGCGCGGGGGGCGGGCCGGGGGCGGGCCGGGGGCCGCGGCGCGGCCGUCGGGCCCGGCGCGCCGGCUCGGGGGCCGGGGAGGACCAUGCACCGCGCUGCCUCCAACCAGCGCUCGGUCUCCUCCUCCUCGGGCUCCUUCCAGCCGCCGCCGCCGCCGCCGCCGCACGCCGCCGACCGGCAGCCCCUCUUCCCGGGGGGCUCCAGCAGCGGCGGCAGCCGGCGGGGCUCGGGGUCGAGCUCGGGCUCGGCGCGGGCCCGCCGCCCCCGCAGCCCCCGCAGCAGCACCGAGGAGGAGGAGGAGGAGGAGGAGGAGGAAGAGGAGGAGGACAGCAUCAGCAUCAGCAAGCCACUGGUGCCGCCGCCCGCCGCCCCGCUGCCCGCCGCCGCCUCGCCGCUCUCCAGCAGCAGCAGCAGCAGCAGCGGCGGCGGCGGCGGGAGCCCGGGCCGCAGCAUGACGGCGGCGGAGCUGUACGGGGCGGCGGCGGCGGGCGGCGGGGCGGCGGGCGGCGGGGCGGCGGCGGGGGCGCUGCUGGGUCCCGGCGGGGCGGCGGGCGGGCGGCGCUGGGGCUUCCAGGCGCUGUCCCUGGUGCUGCUACUGGGGCAGGGCGCGCUGCUGGACCUCUACCUGAUCGCCGUCACCGACCUGUACUGGUGCAGCUGGAUCGCCACCGACCUGGUGCUGGCGGCCGGCUGGGGCAUCUUCUUCUGCCGCAACAGCCGGGCGCGCCCGGGAGCGGCCCCCGCCGCCCCCCGGGCCGCCGCCGCCGCACCCGCUGCUGCUGCACGGCCCCCGGGGGGCCGCGGGGCCGGAGGCCGCGGGGCCGGGGGCCCCCCCCGCGGCGGCGACUUCGCCUACGCGCACCUCGCCUGGCUCAUCUAUUCCAUCGCCUUCACGCCCAAGGCGGCGCUGAUCCUGGGCACCUCCAUCCUGGAGCUGAUCGAGCUGCGCCUGCCGCUGGGCACCACGGGCUUCCGCAUCACCCUGGCGCUCUCCGCCCCGCUGCUGUACUGCCUGCUACGGGCCAUCGGCACCGAGGGCGCCGGGCAGCUGCUCCUGCCGCCGCAGCCGCCGCCGCAGCACCGCGCCGCCGCCGCCUUUCUCGCUACCUGCCUCGACCUGCUCGACAGCUUCUCCUUGCUGGAGCUGGUGCUGCAGCCCGGGCGGCCGGCGCCGCUGCCCGCCCCGCUGCGCUACCUCCUCAUCGCCGUCUACUUCCUCUGCCUGGCCUCACCGGUGCUGUGGCUCUACGAGCUCAGCGCCGCCCGUCCCCCCGGCGCCGCCCGCCUCGCCCUCCACCUCCUGCUGCCCGCCGGGCUGCUGGACGCCCCGCUCCUGGCGCUCCGCUGCCUCCUGCUCUUGCGCUAUCAGCAGCCGCUCUCCCUCUUCAUGCUGAAGAACCUCUUCUUCCUGGCCUGCCGCGGCCUGGAGGCGCUGGAGACCUGUGCCUCCUCCGCCCCGCCACCGCCCCGCCGCCCGCCAAGUACGGCCCCGCCGCCACCGCCCCCGCCCGCCGCCCCGCUUGCCCAUGGGCUCUCCGACGCCGACGUGGGCCCCCACGGGUACGUGAACGCCUUGGCGGUCACCGCCCAGGGCUGAGUGCCCCCCGGCCGCCGCCCCCGAAGGGGCUCCUGCCGCCUCCAGGUCCGCUCCCGGCAGAGCAUCUCUGCGUUUCUGCUCAGGUUCCCGCCGCUGUGGCCGAGCAGGGGAAGGGGACGCGGGUUCCCCCGUCGGACUCUCGCUCUCCUCCUCCUUUUCCCGCGGACAAGUCCAGCGGCGGAAGCUCAGCGCAAACCCGACUACCUGCAGGAGCCUACGGCUGACGCUUGUCCCUGGAAAACGCACCUGCCCUUCCCGACGAGUCGUCUUCUACUGCUUCUGCCCCUCCGCACUGGUUGGAGGGUCCCACUCUUCCCCCUUCCACUUCCCACCAAGACAUCAUGUUGCUUUGUGACCAUUAAGGUUUAUUUUUUCCUUUUCCCCUUAAACAACAGGGACCAAUGAAUUUUGUCCACUCCCUUUAAGAACUCCUGCUGACCACAAUGAUGAGAUGUGAGGGGUCUGACCAGCAGAGUCAGCAGAGAGUCGGGGUGUGGGCAGGACAAAAGGAAGCACGCAUUGGUUGCGCUGCGCCUUGCAAAGCUGCCACCUCUGUUUCCCAACAGCAGAGCUGCAGAGGGUCUUUGCGCGCCGGCUGGGGAACAUGCAGGGGCACACCGGCCAUCUGGUCAUUUCAAGCCUAGGAGCCACUUUCUCCAAGCUGAAAAUGUCUACCUCUGUGCUUCAACCUUUUGCAUCUUACAUUGACUUCACACACUAAAGAAACAUGUGAAUCUGGCAUGGACAUAAUCCAGGGGCUUAGACCCCAUUUCACUACCACCGAGACAUUUAUUUCUGGUGAGAACAGGGUUUACAGCAGCCUACUGCUUGCUUCAGACAGCAGCACCCAUGUGCUGGAGCUCUCAUUUCUCUGUGAAUAUGCAUGUUUAUGGGAUCAAUGUUGGUUUUCUUUUACUCAGAGUGUAGGGACUCACUUUACAUAGGCUGGGAAGGCUGGAAAGAUUUCCUCUGGCCCCCUUCCAUGUCUGAGAGAGCAGAGACAGGGCUAAGCCUGCAAACUGCCCCCUCUCAAAGAGCAGAGGAUGUCAGCACUGCUCAGAGUGGGCACCACGUUUGGUGAACCUCACUUUUCAGCACAGAAAGCAAAGUGCUGCAGAAGCCCUUGAGGCAGAGGGGCUCCCAAGCUGUGGUGAAAGCCCACACACCAGUACCCUGUCCUCCAUGUGCAUGUGGUUAAGGGUGGAUGGGGAAAAGUUAAUUGUUAGUAACCUCUCAUAGAAGCAGAGCUAUCUUUGGUUUUAAGCUCCAUGAAUGUUUGGUGGAGGUUAAGGCCUGCUCUUCUGCCUGGCUACAGCUGCUCCUGCAACCAGACACCUGGAAGCAGGAGCAGAGAGGCCAUGUUUGGAGGAAGGACUUUGCCUCUCCCAGGCUUCUAUUUUGUUAUCUGGGCAAAGCUGCACUUACUGGGAAAACACAUUUCCUGUCCCAAGCCUUUUUUCCAGCUGUCCUGAUGGGACAACCAACUGGUAUCCAGAGCCAACAGCAGGGCCUCAGGUGCAGCCCAGACUUCUCCUGCACACACAUCUCUUCUCUCCUUCAGGGCUUGGGCUCCCUUUUCACAGAGUGGGAUCAACCGCCUGCUCCAGUGGACUGCUACAACAAAAUGUUUACAGUCCGGUAACUUCCAGCUCCCACUGGCAGAAGUGGGGGUGCCAUGGGGCUGCUCUUCUCCCCCAGCUCUGGGGUGGCUGAGGAGCUUCAAGGGGCUAGAAAAGCCCCCAGAACAGAUGGGGCAAUAGCACUGUUCUGUUCAGAGCUGCAGCUAGGAUGGGUGACUUGCUGCUCUCCCCGUGCCAAAGGGACAGUCAGCAAAGGCUAGGCUUGACUUUCCCACCAGUGCUUUAUUUUUAACCUAGGCCCUUACAUGGGCAAUUGUGUGAAUUUUGGCCAGUGGCCUUUCUCUUUGGUAACUUCUUUUUGUCUGGACAAUCUUGGUGCUGUGAGUGACUGUGAUUGUAAAACUUGGUACUGUGAACUUUUCCUAUGUUAUGUGAGAUGUGUCGAGGGGAUGCUAAGUUCCUGGCCAAAGGAGGUGUAAUUACAGGUAUAUUAUGCUUGUACAGAUAUUUCCUUACACCUUCCUUUUUCAGCAUUAGACAGUAAAAGCUCAGAAAGAACGACAGCAUUAUUCAAGACAGAGUUAGAUGAUACCUGUACCUAGGAGCACUUCAUGCUUCAGUCAAACAGCUGAAGAAAAAAUAAAAAACAAACAAAUAACUUUGCCAAAAACAAGGUGUAGGGGGGAAGCUAUUCACCCCCAACUAUGUUUUGCUGCUCCUAUGGCAAAGUUCACAAUAGCACCAAAGUGUGUAGAACAUCCCUAAUACACUGAAGUGUAAGUAUAGUUGAGACACUAGAAGAAUCACAGCAGAAUUAUGAACAAGUCUCACUUCAGUACAAAGUUGCUGUUUCAACAGCGAGUGCCUUUUUCCAUUUUAAGACAUUAUUGAGAAAAUGGCAUAUUUGAAACCUAUCUAGCCAUGGCACAUUCAAACCAUUGACAGUGAAAUCACAGUUCAAAUUUAUCCAUGGAUGCAAAGGUUGCCUGGGACAGAUGACCCUGCAAAACAAUGCUUCUGUUGAGUAGAAUUCCUUUGUAGAAAAAGUGGUUUCUAGGGUGUUAGUAAAUGUGCUAAUUGGCGAGUGUAAAGCUCUCGUAGUAGUUGGCUGUACAGAAGCCCCCUUGCAACUAAAACGGCAGCUCUGCUGCCACUUCAAUUACUUACUACAGAGAAACAUGUAAAACUCUUCAAUGUCUUGUUUAUAAGCCUGCUCCUCCUUUUGAAUUCCCUUCUCUGUGGUAAUUGAGCUCUCACUUCCAUUUAAACCCUUCUGCCGCACAAUAGAUCCAUCUGCAGAAGAGAGGGAGCGGUACCAUUAAAGUGCAAACAAUACCUCACCCCAUGCACCUUGCACACCUACUGUAUAUUCUGGCAACAUUAAAUUACUGGUCCAGGUCAAUAACACUUUGCUAAAUGAAGUUGUGCCAUACUAAGACGCAUGUCCCUUGGGAUUCUGUUACAAACCUUGUAACACAACUCAGCUAUUUUGCAUUUUAUUGCUGUUUGCUAUCAUGACAAAAGGGAUGACUACUCCCAGGAGGGGAACUGAAGUGAGAGAGAAGGCCUGUAGCCAAUGGACACUUGGCAUCCCCCUGGCAUUAAUCAGAACUUGUAUUUUUUAAAAAGCAAGAUUGUUAAAAUAAAGUUAGAAACUU